GGCGGCCGCCAUCUCCCCGUGGCGGCGGUAGGCGCUGCGAGCCGGGAGGUGGUGUCUACGUGGCCCCUGCAAGCCCGCGGCGAGGCACCGCGCCCACCGGAGUGUGUUCCGGGCGUCUCCUAACGGCCGGCCCAGCCGUGGUCAGAGGUGGGGACCCGGGGUUGGCGCGCCUCUGCCCGGCCAGGCGCUGCGACCAGCUGCUCCAGCCUCCGGCCUUGUCCCCCAGCUGUAAAGUUAAGAUUGUACCUAUCGCUGUCGAAAAAGUGGAAAAGAAAAGCACAAGGAAGGAAGCACCUGAGCCGAAUCCGUGCACGGGUGCAGCCCAGAGACCACCUGGACCGUGAUCCUGUGUGCCAGGAUGACCUCUGCAUCCUUCCCUGGAGUCUGGCCCGGGCUUGACCUUCAGUUUGUUGAGUGACAGGACUGUGAUUUACUUAAUGGAUUCCCUCCCUGAUGGUGAACAUACAGCCCUCCGUAUAGCCUGGAAAAAAUGACAGAUCUUGUCGCUGUUUGGGAUGUUGCUCUAAGUGAUGGAGUCCAUAAGAUUGAAUUUGAACAUGGGACUACAUCUGGCAAACGAGUGGUAUAUGUAGAUGGGAAGGAGGAGAUAAGAAAAGAAUGGAUGUUCAAAUUAGUGGGCAAAGAAACCUUCUAUGUUGGAGCUGCAAAGACAAAAGCAACCAUAAAUAUAGAUGCUGUCAGUGGUUUUGCUUAUGAAUAUACUCUGGAAAUUAAUGGGAAAAGUCUCAAGAAGUAUAUGGAGAACAGAUCAAAAACCACCAAUACUUGGGUAUUACAUUUGGAUGGUGAGGACUUUAGAGUUGUGUUGGAAAAAGAUACUAUGGAUGUCUGGUGCAAUGGUCAAAAAAUGGAGACAGCAGGUGAGUUUGUAGAUGAUGGGACGGAAACUCACUUCAGUAUUGGGAACCAUGACUGUUACAUAAAGGCUGUCAGCAGUGGGAAGCGGAAAGAAGGAAUUAUUCACACUCUCAUUGUGGAUAAUAGAGAAAUCCCAGAGAUUUCUUGAAUGACUUCAUGUUAAUGAGAAUCUUAAGAAGCAACAAGCAGGACUUUUAAAUACUGUGGUAAAUAAAUAUGUUCAAUAUGUACUUCUCCAUACAUUUAGUCUGCAGUGUUUUUGUUUUUUGUUUUUAGUUACUUGAAACUGUAAUGUUCCAAGGGUCAGAGGAAAAAAUUAUGUACAAUUAAAAAACCUGCAAUUUACUUUGUAAAUAAUGUAAAAAUGUUCCAAUGCCAAAUGAAAAAUAAGAUAUG